AAUGAAAGGAGCAACAAACUUAUUUAAAAGCAUGAGAAAACCUACGAACGUUGGAAAUUUCCGGCAGUUUUCGGUGAAUCAAGUCAAUUCAGAUAAUAAACGGUCAGAGCCCGGAAAGAAAACACAUUUUGGAUUCACUGACGUUGAUGAGGCAGAGAAGGAGCAGAAAGUUCACCACGUCUUCGCAAACGUCGCGAAAAAGUACGAUUUGAUGAAUGAUGCAAUGAGCAUGGGAGUUCACCGAUUAUGGAAAGACUAUUAUGUUGGUGGCCUGCAAGUACCGUAUAAUGCGAAAUGUCUGGAUAUGGCAGGAGGAACCGGGGAUAUCGCUUUCAGAAUUCUCAGACAUUCGCCUACCGCAAAAGUGACAGUUUCCGAUAUUAAUCAACCAAUGCUCGAUGUUGGAAAAAAACGAGCGGAGAAGGAGAGAGAUAUCCAACCAUCUCGCGCGGAAUGGGUAUGCGCUAACGCCGAGCAAAUGCCAUUUGAGUCGAACACUUACGAUCUGUUCACAAUGUCCUUCGGAAUCAGAAAUUGUACACACCCUGAAAAGGUUGUUCGUGAAGCUUUUCGUGUACUCAAACCUGGAGGUCAACUUGCUAUUUUGGAGUUCUCAGAAGUGAAUUCUGCACUGAAACCAAUUUACGAUGCAUACUCCUUCAAUGUGAUCCCGGUUCUUGGAGAAAUUCUUGCCAGUGAUCGUGCCAGUUAUCAAUAUUUGGUUGAGAGUAUUCGUAAAUUCCCGAAUCAAGACGAGUUUGCAAGAAUAAUUAGAGAAGAAGGCUUUAGUAAUGUUCGAUACGAGAAUUUGACAUUUGGAGUGUGCUCGAUUCAUAAGGGGAUGAAACCAAGAAAAUAAUUUAUUCCUGUUUGUUUGUUCUUUUUAAAAUUUCAUUUAAUUCCAUUUUUCUAGGUGAUAUUCAGUAUUUUUCGUGUAGAAUUUUUGCAUAAAUUUAAUUAAAGUUGUU